UAUCGUCAACAUCCGUUUUCGUUCUGCAUUGCUUGACUGUGACUGUUUAUUCGUCGAGUAUGUCUUGGGGACAACAGCCUGGUCAAUAUGGUGGAUAUGGUCAACCACAGCAACAACAAUAUGGUGCCCCACCUCGGGGCCCAGCGCCUGGCUAUGGAGCCCCACCCCAGGGAUCUGCUCCUCCUAACUAUGCCUCAGCACCUCCACCACAACACCAACAGCCACCUGGCUAUGGUCAACAAGGGGCACCCCGUCAACAGUACGGUCAGCAGCAGUUUGGAGGCUAUCAGCAACCUGGCCAGCCCCCAAUGUAUGGUCAGCCAGCAGGAUAUGGGGGAGGGGCACCACCACCCGCGGCUGUAUAUGCUCCACCUCCACCCCCUGGGGUUAGCACAGAACUGUGGCACUGGUUUCAGGCGGUGGACCAGGACAGGAGUGGUAAGAUCACCGCUGUGGAACUCAGACAGGCUUUGAUGAAUGGUAACGCCUCACCGUUUAACCCUGAAACAUGUAGAAUCAUGAUUGGAAUGUUUGAUAAAGACAAGAAUGGAACAAUAGAUGCUCAGGAGUUUGCCGCCCUUUGGAAGUAUGUUCAGGACUGGAAAGGCUGCUUCGACAGGUUUGACACAGAUAGAUCUGGGAACAUUGAUGAGAGGGAACUUAGCACGGCCUUCCAGACAUUUGGAUAUCGACUAUCUCCUCAGUUUUGCAGCAUUGUCAUUCGGACAUUCGACAAACGAGGUUCAAGGACAAUGAAUUUUGAUGAUUUUAUUCAAGCUUGUGUAAUGCUUAAAACAUUGACGGAUAAAUUCCGAAUGAAAGACACCCAGCAACGAGGAAUGAUCAACAUUAGCUAUGAAGAUUUCCUGGAAAUGGUCUUGGAUAAUACACUAAUGGGUGUGAAAUAAGAAGUAUGAACUGUGAUCUUGUCAAACACCGGUCAGCUAUUGGUCAUCUAAUUGGUCAUUUACCAGCUGAUUAACGAGUAUCUUAAUGAAUCAGCAUUGAAUGCAGUUGAAUGGGCAUCAACCAAAUAUCAACAAGUGUUAAACAUUGGACCGCCCUCUCACCAAAAUGAAUCAGGGAAAAAUAAUCUAGACAUUGAACCUGUGGAAUGGACAUCAACCAAAGAUUUGCGAGUACUGAAUAUUGGACCUAGCUUUCACCAAAAUUAAUCUGAAAAAUAAUCUACACGUUGAAUCCCGUUGAAUGGCCAUUGACCAAAUAUUCAAAAGUACUGAAUAUUGGACCUCACUCUCACAAAAAAUGGAUUAAAAAAAUAAUCUAGACAUUGAAUCCUGUUGAAUGGACAACAACCAAAGAUACACAAGUAGAUGUACUCAAUAUUGGACCUAGCUCUCACCGAAAUGAAUCCAAAAAAAAUCAUUUAGACAUGUAUAAAACAAAACAAUAUUUUUCAUUAAUGGUUCUGUUAGUGCUGUUUAUGUAAAGGCACUGAAUUGGUCUGUUGUGGCUUAAUGACAAAAUUCCCUUCUUCUGAAGGUUCAUCGUGGGUACUUUUAAAACAAAACAGCCGUGUUUUGAUGCUUAAAAAGAAAUACUGAAGCAAGUUUCUAAAUGAUUUCCUUAUUUAAGUAAUUAAGUGUGAAACAAAGAUAAAGAGAUGGCAAUAAAAAUAAUUGCUGAUGUCGGUUUAAACCAGAUUGUGAUUUUUUAUUACGGUGUAUGUGGAGCUACAGUAUGAACGAUUUCUAAUGUCAAACAAGUGAGGAAAGUCAUUUGUUUUUCUUUUCUCACAUGAGUUAAGUCUAUCCCACUUUAUUAAAAUGUGGGAUUGUAUACAAAUUAUCUAACAAGUUCUCACAUUUCUUUCAUAAUAUCAGAACCAUAGAUACCCACCUCAAGUGCGAUAGACUUGAGACCUAUAUAUUAGACAUAGGCCGUUAGCAGAGUGAGUUUUAACAGUUUUGUCAGUAAAUGAUUCUAUACAGUAUAAGUGUAUCACCUCUAUAGUUUAGUUACACACUUAGGUAAAGUUUUAUUAGUUGAUAGCACUAACCGUAUAUAUACAUGGUCAUUUCAGAUUUUUCGUUUUUAGUUAGUCAGUCGUAAGAUACCGUAGUAAAUAAUUCAAUUGUUUGAUUGAUUCAGCCUUUUACAGGCUCAGUGAUGUAUAUUUCAUUUAUAGUAAACACGGAUUAUAUAUAUAUAUAUAUAUAUUGUAUGCAUGUAUAUAGAUGAAUUUCGUUUUCCUUUUUUUUGUAUUUGUUGUAGUUGUUUAUGACGUAAAUGAUAAUAGGUCAACUGAGACUGAGUCUCAAGUAACUUAUUGCAAUUAUCUUCGUCCAUCGUCCAUUAUCGGUACGUAAACAAUGCAAAUAUCAACUUUCAAUGAAAUUUUGCAGAAACCUGUUAUGGCCAUGGCCAUAGAUGAACCAAACCAGGGGCCUGAGGGAUGGGGUAAAAAUGGUCAAAUAGACUGAAAUUAAAAAAAAAACUUCUUCAUAAGGCCUAGAUAUGAUAGAAUGAAAUACUCUUCAUUGAUGGAAUGAUCUUAAAGUGCUUUAACAAAAUGUGAAGUUCAUGACCCUGGGGACUCGCAUUUCCCCUGGGGAAGGGAUAAAAUUCAAUAUAGUUUAUAUAGGAAAAUUAAUUUUUAAACAUUUGUUUAAUUGUCAUUGGAAAUAAUUCAAAUUUGAUUAGAAUUAUCAGUAUGGGAUGGAAGUUUGAUGAUAUGCACAUAUUAGUCCUGAUUGUGGAUCAAAUUGACAGAAAUAUACCAGAAGUCAGGUGACUGGUAAGGCCCACCAUAGGCCUCUUGUGAAAUUAGGGUUUACUGAUGCCGGGCAUAAAUGACACCUGGUAAAUUCAAACAUUGUAUGAUGGUAAGACAUUUGUCAUAUCCAACACUAUAUUGUGUCCAGUUGUUCCUGUGUCUUUUGAAUUUGGUAUCGCUAGAUUUCAUUAUCUAUCCUGUCUAAUUUUUGUUGAUUACCUUAUGAUAUACACCUUAUGUUGUCAUUCUAAAUGAUUGUCAUCAUUGUAGAAAAGAUCCAAUAUUUCUCACAUACUUGGGAUGAAUAUUUUAUAAUUGAAUUCUAUAGAAUAAAAGGAAAUAUCUGUAUCACCUUGUAAGUAUAUUUGAGCACAUCCAGCAUAUAUAACAUGAUCCGAGUAAAACAUUAUUCCAACCUACACUGAUAUCUUGUGUAUACGAAUAAUGGACUAGACUGUCUGUCCCUCAUUUGAACUUUACUGCCUGACAGACAUGCACACCACAAAAUGGACCAGUCUGUCUGUCAUACCUCCUGACAAACAUGCAUACCACAUAAUGAACAAGUCUAUCAGUCAUGAACUCUUUUAAAGAUGAAUGUGACCUUCAUUUGAUGAAAGGAGACCUAUUGAAGGGAGAUAAUUACUAUUAUCAUUACUGAUAGCAUGUAUUUAUAUUUACCUCUAAUAAUCAUUUGUAGCUCAGGAGUGUUUCCUAUAUUAUUUCAAUAGAUAAUACUGAUUAUAUUUAUGAAUUUGCACUUCAAGGAUUUGUAAUCCACUGUUUUUUUUCUUUAACCAUUCCAUGUAUCUGCCUGUAGGCUAUUUUUGUUCUGUGUUCUGAUUUAAUUUUAAAAUGUAAAAGAUCUUUUAACAUUUUUGUUCAGUGUUUAUUUUUUCAAAAUACGUAAAAAUUACACAUUUAUGUUGAUGACUGUGGGCAUGUCUUUUUGAAUUGAGGCAUUUAUUAGUUAUGAAUUAUAAAUUAUCUUGAAUUGUAGCUAAGGCACCUCCACAAAAUGUGGGAAAUGGCAAUACUUCUUAAUACAGAGCUGUAGUCCUGUGACAGUUAUGAGAAUUACAGUACUGAAAGUUGAAUAUAUGAUGUCCACAAUGACAAGGAAGGUAACUCUGUCCAUCAUGCUAUCUUUUCAACCAAACUAAAGUAAACUGUCUCUGGUAUGCUAUGGUACACAUAGCCCAUGAAGACUCAAUAAAACAAUUCAUUACCAGGAAAUUAUUCUGUCAAGUACCAAAAUAUAUUACUGGUUAAUGGCCAGCGUAGGACUCUGACAAUUAAUGGUAUAAUAUAACUUCACAGGUAUAUUUUAGCCUGUUCUCGUUUACUUGAAAUAUUUAUGAUGCUCUACUGAUACAUGUGUUGUAUAAACAUUCUCUCUAAGUAAUCAACGUUUACAUAUCAUUGGCCUACUGUCAAUGUACAAACUGAUUUGCUCAAGACAGUGUUGGGGGUUUAUAAAACUUAUCAAAAAUAUAGUAUACUUUUAAUUAAACUUUUAGUCCAACAUUGACACACCUCCCCUUGUUUAAUCUGUAUCCUUGCUCACCACAAAGUACAUUUCAGUCUCACUUUUUCUUAUCCUUAUUUAAGGAUGGUGUGUUGUGACCAUUUUAUAAUAAAAUGUUACUGUGUAAUGAAUGUAUGUAUGUGAUCAAAUAAAUCUGUAAGGCCACAUCUCAUUAAUUCAUCUCUUGAAAAAUGUUUUCACAAUAAAAAAUAUUGUGGAUGACCAUGCUAAAGAAAUGUUUUGAAUUUGUAGUCAACCCAGGUUAAGAGAUGUUAAAGAUGUUGGAAAAUAUUCAUAGAAAUAAUUUUAAGUAGUAUAAAUAAGGAUGAGUAGUACUAUAUAGGGAUUGAAUAGAUUUAUUUUAUUUUCAUGGCGGCUAUGAAUAGCAGUAGUUAUCUACAUACAAAACUGUAUCUCUAAUGCACAUUAGCACACCUCUAUUCAUAGCCACCAUGAAAAUUUAAAAAAAAAUCCAUUCAAUUCAUCAAUUUACAAUAGGGUGAUUUG